UUUGGGGCUGCCUUACUCAAUCUGCACGUACAGUCCACCGCUUCUCGCAUCCGAUUUCAAGCGUGCCUACCACCUACCUAAGCUAGUUUCAAACUCGGCCAUCAUCUCCACCCAUUGACCCCUUUGCACGUAUAUGUCGGCCACUUCCCAGUUCCCACUGGCAACUGCAGCAUCAGCCUCCUUGUGUAAUGCCAUCUGCGUACACGCCCUUACUACGGAUAGUGGGCCUUAUCACGGCAAGGCGGUCCCGGCGCCCCUGCGAUCCAGCAAAAUAAGCCCGACGCUGAAGCCAUGUCUUGUUGGUCUCCUCUGGCAUAGACCUCUCUCUCCGUUCCCAAGGAACGGAUGCUCCAUCUCUCUGCUGGCCCCGCUGUCCCAUCUGUCCCAUCGCCCAGAGACAAUCAAGAACUCGGCGGAAAAUUCUGACCGAGACAAGCCUUGGGGAGCUUGGCAUACAGAGGUUAACUUACACGAGCCUGUGACAACGGAUGAAAACCCGCAACCUUACCGAGACCCCAGAGUCCAAGGCAGUAUGCCAAGGCAUUGGAGAGGCUCAGCCUCAGUGUCAAACUCGACCAUGGUGCGGUUCUUCGGACUCCUCACACCACAACCACAACACCCCCUGGCAUCUUGCCUGUCAGUGUUCUGGAAGCCGUGGCCACCGACCUUGACCCGAGGCCGCAGACGUAGUCCAAAAAUCUACGUUCAUCGCAAAAAUCGUACGAUAUUGUUUAUGGUGGCUGCCACUCCACGUGUGGCUUCUGGUGAUCAUCAUAAAGGCUAUCCGGCUCAUCAACCGAGCUCCCUAGCAAGAAACACUUAGAAAAUAUUUCGUUGAUUUCAUGAUCAUUCUUUAUACAUCAUCUGAUGGCUUCCCGCGAAGUCUACAGCAUACCCUUUUCGACCUCGUCCUUUCUCUCCUCCCACAGCGUCUUGCCGGUGCA